AUGGAUGCUGCGAACCUCACCGCUGCUUGGGUUCCCGCUCUGGUCACAGCUGUCGGCUUAGCGUCAAUCAUAUCGCAAGUUGGCACCCUCAAAGCACAAUCGGAUACAUUCUACAGGCUGCGUGGAGAAGAACAUCUGGCAUCUUGGGGAACAAUUCGGGCAUCUAAGAACUGGCACAGCCUCGCCAACCACCGCCGCCUGAUCCCAUUCUUGAUGCCGACAUCAGUCAGAUAG